CGCUAAUUUAAAGCCGGAACAAACAGAAGCAGCAGAAACAACAGAAGCUGAGCAGCUGUUGGGAACUUCAGUGUAGCUGCUAUCAAAUAUUAACCAUACACAGUGCAGUGUGUUUGUGUGUGUGUAAAACAGGACUAGUUACCGACGAGUGGACUUCAGCUCAUCUGUAUCGCAGCUGGGAAAAGAAAUGGAACUGAUGGUGAUAGCACAACAGUUUAUAAUAAAGGGCUCCCAUUCUGCCAUGUCAAGCCAGAGGAGGAGGAGGAGGAGCAGCAGCGGGGCGGCGGGGAUGCUGUACCCGCUGCUCGGUGCGUGUCUCUGGGCUGCGGUGGUCGGGUACAAGCCGGUGAUCAUUGUGCACGGUUUGUUCGACAGCUCAGGGGAUUUUAAAAACUUACAGCGGUUCAUUAACGAGUCUCAUCCUGGAACAAAUGUGACGAUCAUUGACUUGUUUGACAGAAGUGCCAGCCUGCAGCCCAUGUGGAAGCAGGUGGAGGGAUUCAAGGCAGCUAUUUACCCAGUAAUGCAUAACUCAGCAGAAGGGGUCCACUUUAUCUGCUACUCUCAAGGUGGGUUGGUUUGCAGAGGAAUCCUCUCCACUCUGUCUGACCACAACGUUCACUCUUUCAUCUCUCUGUCCUCGCCUCAGGCCGGGCAGUAUGGAGACACAGACUACUUAAAGUACCUCUUCCCUCAGUUUGUCAAGUCCAACCUCUACCACCUCUGCUAUACCUCAGUAGGUCAGCGGAUAUCCAUCUGCAACUACUGGAACGACCCCCACCACAGAGACCUGUAUGUGAACAGCAGUGACUAUUUGGCUCUGCUCAACAGUGAGAGACCCAAUCCAAAUUCAACAGAGUGGAAGAAAAACUUCCUCAAGAUCAAAAAGUUGGUGUUGAUCGGCGGACCAGACGAUGGAGUCAUCACUCCCUGGCAGUCGAGUCAAUUUGGAUUUUAUGACGACAACGAGACUGUUGUUGAGAUGCAGCAUCAAGAUUUGUACUUGAGAGAUGUUUUCGGUCUGAAGACUCUGGCGGCCCGCGGCGAUCUGAUAAUCUGUUCUGUUCCCGGCGUAGAACACGUCUGGUGGCACUCGAACGAGACUGUGUUCCACACAUGUAUGGAGAAGUGGCUGGUGUAGAACAAAACUUUGCACAGCGCAUGUCACAAAUGUUUGUGAGGAUACUACACAGUGAGUCUUCUCUUGAGGACAUAAUCUCAUUCUUUGGAUUAUACAUCAGAGAUAACUUGGCAAUCAAACGGUGUUUUCAAGAUUUGUUUCUCUUGUACUUUUCUCCUUGUGUUGAUUAAGUUGGCAUUUUUAAAGAUACAUUUUCUUUUCCAAGUUAAUCCUGUUAUCUGCCAGGUUGCUUUAGAAGUAACAGCGCUCACUUGGUUUCUUGCACAGAGGUUGAUGAGAGGAUUGAUGCCGCUCCCACAUCUGUACGAUGGUUAUGAAGCUACAGCCAAACACUUAUAUUUUUGUAUGGAUUAAACAAACAAGAUAUAAAGUGAACUUUAGAGGUGUUGAUAGGCAGA